AUGGAUUCUGAUUUGAAAGAUUUAGAUCUUUAUGGAAUACUUGGAGUCAAACAGUCAGCUACUGAAAAGGAGAUUAAAACCGCAUAUCGGAAGAAAGCAUUAGAAUGCCAUCCAGAUAAAAAUCCCGAUGAUCCCAAUGCAGUUCAACUGUUUUUGCGGUUAUCGAAAAUAUUAACUAUUCUUACAGACACAGCAGCUCGAUUGGAUUAUGACAAGUUGGUAAAUGCUAAAUCUGCUGCAAAAUUGCGCAAAAAAUUGCGCAAAAAAGAAUGUCACUCUGGUAUAGGGAAAUUCAUAAAUGAUAUUUUCGAAAGUGCUCAACAUGAAAGAUUAGUGCGAGAUAAACGCAUUUUCAAAAAAGAAAUAAAGCGUUUAAGAAAAUAUAUAAAGCGUUUAAAAAAAGAAAGUGACCUCAUACAGCGAGAAACUGAAAAAGAAAAAAACCGUUCAUAUAUAUUAAAAAUAAAGUGGAAGAAAAAAGGUGUAUAUAACAAAGCUAAUUUAACAUCAUUGUUUUCUAAGUAUGGUGACGUAUCAGCUGUUGUGGUUCUGGAAGACGACAAAUCUGUGGCUUUUGUUGAGUACAAAUCUAAGACUGCAGCUAUAAAUGCCAAAAAUAAGGAAGUUGGUUUGGAAAGUUGUCCUCUUAUUGUGAGUUUUCUCGGUGAAUUUGGACUAGACAGUGCUAAAAAGAGUGCUAAAAAGAGGGCUAAAAAGAGGGCUAAAAAGAGGGCUAAAAAGAAGGCUAAGAAAGAAAACAUACUUCUGCUCGAAAUCAUAGUACAUUCAAAAUCAAAAUCAAUAUCUAAUGACAAAUCCUACUGA